AAAUAAUAUAAUAAAUAUGAAUAAAAAGAAAAAUACAACAUCAUCAGUUCCUACAUUGCCAUAGAGUAAAGUAAAUCCAUCUCUUUUGGCUCCACCUCCAUAAUAAUUAAGUCCUAAUCAAUCUUAUUCAACAUUUAUACCACCUGAACCUAAAUUUGAUCCAAAUGAUUAUAUUACAGGAACAACUACUAAAAGAGAUAUCAUUUUAUAUAAAGAAAUAUUUGAUUUUUUAGAUUCUAAUAAUAAUGGUGUUAUAUAACCUAUGGAUUUAAGAAAAGCAUUUGCAAGUGCUGGAAAAUAUUAACCAAAAAAAUAAAUUAUUUAUUAAAUGAUUGCUGACUUUGAUUAAGAUUAAAGUGGUAUUAUUGAAUUUAGAGAAUUUGUAAGAAUGAUGGCAAUGCAUCCAGGAGAAAAAGAUACAGAUGAUGAUUUUGAAAAUGUUUUUUAUUAAAUUGAUUUAGAUUAUAAAGGUAUUUCAAUCUAUUCUAAAUUAUAUAGGUUAUAUAACAGCAGAUGAUUUAAGAGAAUUAGCAUCAGAAUGUAAUGAAAAAAUUAAAGAAGAAGAUUUAUUAAAUAUAAUUCAUGCUUGUGAUCCUGAUGGAAAUGGAACUAUUAGAAAAUAAGCAUUUAUUAGAUAUAUGAAAAGUUUAUAAAAGAAAAGAUGA